UUGCGAAAAAAUGAAAAUGCUCUUUCUGGCAUUCCUCAUUUUACUUCUGACCCAUUAUUCUGUUCAAAUACCAGUAAACAAUUCUGGCUCAGAACCCGCUUCUAGAUUUGCAAUGCUGGAUGACGUGAGGAUUUUAGCCAACGGACUGCUUCAGCUGGGACAUGGUCUAAGAGAUUUUGUCCAGAAAACUAAAGAUCAAGUGAAUGAAAUAUUUGAAAAAAUUAGUAUUUUCGACAGAUCUUUCACUGAACUCUCAAAGGAAACCAACGGGAUCAAACAUAAUGAACAGGAACUGAAAAAACAUACUGCAAUUCUACAAGCCAAAAAUGAUGAGCUAAAAACUAUGUCACUUGACAUCAAAGAAAAAUUAAACAGCAUUGUGGAAAAUCAGACUUUUCUAGAAACAAAAGUAGAAGGUCUGGAAGACAAACUAUACAAACUGAAUGAAAUCAAAUCAGAAAUAUUGGAGAUAAAGAAGAUCCCAUCUCUAAAAGUUCUUAUUGAAGAACAAACCAAAAAUAUCAAAAGCCUGAUCAAUACUUUACAGAAGCAACACAGUAACCUGGACAAGCAGAGCCAUCAAACACAGAAACUGGAAGAAAAGUAAUUCUCAGGGGCAUUUUUCUUUCACGGAAAUAAAAUUCUAGAAUUGCUGUGUCACAUUUAGGAGAUUAUUGAACUGGCCAGAACUGUCAAAAUAUUGAUAAUAAGAACAAUUUCACGCCAAUAGCCAGUUUCAACCCCACACUAGAGUUUACAUAGUAUCUUGAUUGAUAAUUGGCUUUGCCAAAACGUACAGACCAGCAAGACCUGUGUCCAAGCCCCAGAUUGUACGUUGCCUGAUGAUAACAGGAAAUUACAACUAUCCUCAGUGAUUGUGUACAUCAAAUGAAACAUGAUCGAGCUUAGAAAUUCUGCUGCUCUCAUUCAGCCAGUCAAUAAUCAUGAGCAAGAUGCACAAGGAAGCAUGUCCAAUCUAUUUUAAAAAGUGCAAGGUCAAAAGCAAAACUUGAUGGCCAGUUAAGUUAGAAAAACUACUAGCUAUAAAGAAUGAGCUUAAAAAGAACUUUUUCUAAAAUAUAAACAUUUACGCAGAGCAUUACUUUAGGCUUAGGACUGUGGUGUACCGUCUUGGAAGAUGCACCCACAUUAAUUUUAUAGCAGCAUGUUGAUGAAUUUGGCAGUAGAGCCAGAACUCUGAUAAAGAUAAAGGAAGGGUUAAAAGACCCAAAGGGUCAUAUUGGAGAAGCAAGCAACAUUUCUCACAAAAUUCUGUCCUAUUAGUUUAAGAGCCUCAAUCAAGGAUUAGCUCACUCUGUAAAAAAGUGAGCAGAUAAUCUGCAGGAGAGGGCAAAUAAAUACAUUAUGCAUUUUUGAUAGAAAAUGGUAGCUUUGAGGUAAAAUCAAAGGAAAAAGGCAUUUCAUUUUAAGAGAGGGAGAGAGGGAGAGGGAGAAACCAAAAGGAGGAGAAUCUGCAAUCAACAGAACAUAGCAGAAGAGAUCCAUGUCACUGUCCCUCAGAAGAUAAGCCUCAGUCACUUCAAGGAACAGACUACAACUAUCACUGUUCUGAUGUUUUGUUUCUCUGUACAGGCCACAACUUGUGUAGUAAAUCUGUUAUGCAAAUAAAAAAACACCUGUCUCCAUUGUCAUUUGCUAUACUCAUAAACCAGUCUCUUUUGUUAAAUUAAUUAUGGAUUGGCAAACCUUGACAUG